UUCCAGGCAGGAGGAGAAGCAUUAAAUUCCAAAGAGAGAGAGAGGUACUACUAUGGCAGCGAUGUACUCCAGACCCCUUGUCUACCGUAGCUUGCGUUUGCAUCGCAUUACCAUCCUUAAUUUGCAAAAACAGCAACAGUUGGGCAAUUUCUGUGAUGUGAUCUUGUAUGCUGAAGGUACAGGAGUUCCAGCCCAUCAGUGUAUUCUGUCAGCUGUCAGUCCUUACUUCCAGUCUCAGUUCUCCACCCUGCACUCUCAGUCUGAAAAAAAUAUAUCAAUGGAACUCCAGGGCAUAAAGCUAAAAACUCUGAAGAUGCUUUUGGAAUUUAUUUAUACUUCUGAGGUAGUAGUCUUCAGGGAGGAGGUUGUGGAGCUUCUGAAUGCUGCAAAAUAUUUCCAGAUAGAGGAACUUGAGGCAGUCGAGCUGGAUGGGACCAAGCUAACAAAGGUACAUCUUGGCAAGCGUAUCAAUAGAGACUGCUUCAGAGCAGCAUGUGGGAGCAGCAUAUCUGCUCACUUCUUGCAUCCUUCCCUUGAAAACACAACCGGGUUACUCAAAAGGCAUACUGAGCUAAGUCAAGCUAGCAAUUUGAAACAUGAUGAAGAACGUAUGUGCAUAGGAAGAAGCAACAGCACUGAGCAAGAAACCUUGGUUUGCAAAGUGACUGCUGAGGGGAAAGAAGAAAAGUUGGUUGAAAAUGUUUCUCUCUCAACUGCCAUGGAAAUUGUGGUCAGUGACCAAGGCAGUGUUACAGACCUGAGUGCAGUGCAAUCUGGGUCUGAAAGUUCAGAUCCUGCCAAAAGUAUGAACUUGUUGUUGCCCAAGUCACCAUUGCCAAAACAUUCAGAAUCACAAGUUCCUGUUGCAGUGAAAUAUAGCCUGCCUAAUACUGACUGUCUUUUCUCCCUACCAGCAUCCUCAGUGUGUAGUUCUCCAGAAGAAAAGUGUAUUUCCAUUUUAGAAUGCAGCAUACCCAGACAUUUAGAAACACACACAGAUAUAAUUUCUUCACUAUCUGCAUCUGUCACAGAUGAAGGAAGGAGCCCUGAAGGGAAUCUUAUCAGCAAUGUUACUGGAAAUCCCUCAAAAAAUGCCACAUUAAUGGACCAUCAAUCAAAACCUGACAAAAUAAAGGAGGAAACUGUCAAAGAUAAGACUCAUGCUGCCAACAAUGAUACACAAUGUGAUACUCGAGAACCACGAAAGAUUAAGAUUAGCCGAUUUUGUCUUAAAUCAUUUAAAGAUAAUGUGUUCAGUGAAAGACUUAGCAGUAGUGAGAAUGCUGUAGACAACAGGACACUCACCCGUGGAAGACGUUGGCGGACAACAUUGAGAACUGAUUGGCAAGAGGAGAGACUUCCUUCAUCAUCCAAACAUUACACAAGCUGCGAGUCAAAUGAGUACAUUAACAGAAGUAUCUCAUUUCCUAUGCCAAAAAUCUUUAAAGGUACUACUUUGUAUAAUGAAAUAACACAACCUGUGUGCUCUCUCAGAAAUGACAGAAACAGUGAGGAAACCGAGAUAUACCCGAAAAAGUUAAAAGUCGAGCAGUAUGCUGAGUGUGAUCAUGUUUCACUAGAUCAUCUUCAGACUGUUAUGUGUGAAGGUAUUUUAGGUGUAUUGAAUAGCACUAAAGUCUGCAGUUCUUUACAUACUACAGAAAAUACCCCCAAAGAGGAGAGUGUGGCAGGAGGAGAGCCUUUUACUGUUGAGACCGCAGAAAUAUUUACACCUCCAUUUGGCAGCAGUACAGAGAUUUCACUUAAAGAAUACACUGUAUGCUGCCCAGAAGAUCCUAUAAUGACAGUCAAUGAGUGUACAGAUAGUUCUAGUCAGUCUGUAGACAAAUUGUCAGAAUGCAUUAAGGAAGUAGAUAAUCUGAUAAAUAAUUGUAAGGAAGCAAAUAAAACUUGCCAACAUUCCUCUUUCACCAGUAAAACAGAAGAUCAUACUGCCGCGAAUAAUCCACAUUCUGCCACCAGUGAUACAGAAACGCUUCCACAUUCUGUUGUCACCCAGAAACAGACAAGUUCUGACAGCUGUUCCACAGUAUGCUGUGUGGAUGUGUGGCAGGAUAAUGUUGCAGAUGUACUGAACACAAAUGCACCACUGGUGACUGGAAAUGUUGACGACUUGGAUGAAUCCUCAAUAGAAAGUAAUUCAACAGACACUAUAAUGGAAGAGAUUGACAAACUUCUUGAUGUCAUAGACAAGCCCCUUGAUACGACAGGUGAAAAUAGCUUGUCUACAGCAGCUGGCAGCCACAUUAAACCAGAAGACCUUAAUCAGUUUGUGACUCAUACCUUUGGAUCUCAAGACACACAGACAAGAGGUGAAGGAGUAAUUGCAAAGAAGCCAGACAAAAAAGAUAUAGCUGUGGAACUUUGUGAGUCUUCACAGGUUCACACUACUAUCACAGGAGAAGAGAACAGUCUGUGGGUUCCUAGUUGUAUAAACAAAGCAACAGAUUCCUUACCUGCUGCACUUAACCACCACAAAGAGAGUGAAUCUUACAGAGGCCACUCUAAAAACAAAGCUUUUGACAGUCUCCCUGUAGAGCAUUUUCUUUGUAACACAGACAUACAGGUGGAAGAUGAUGUUAUGAAAAAGUCAUUUAUGGAUAUCCUUGAUCAGAGUAGGGUAUCUGAUACAAAUUUUCAGUUGUCUCCAUAUUCUGAAAUGCCUUCUAAAACUGGCUGUGGGAAUCUUGGAGCUCGGUUGACUUUAAAAGAAACACAAUUCUUUAUUAAAGCCAAUGAACUCCUUUGUCAGGCUGAGUCAGUUGGAGAAGGAAUUCUUUCCUGUCAAGUCAAGAAUAAAAAGAGCAAUGCUGAUGUAGAGCAGGAAACUGCUGGUCUCUGUUCUGAGCUGCAGUUCCAAGAGCACAUAGAUUUAACACAAAACAGUGGAAAAAAAGCCAAAUUGUUAAUUGCGGAUGAGGCAAAACAAUCAGAAGUGUCGUCUUGUCUUUGUAAUAAUUCCCAUUCACAUGUGAUGGUUUGUCAGCCAAGAGAAGGAAAGCCGAAUAGCAGUACUGUUACAAGUCCAGCAGGAUCCUUACUGAAAAGAGAAGGGCUACCAUGUAAAUCAGUAUGUAGUACUGUUAAAAUUGACGGGAGAUCUCCCAGGCAAGUACAAACUACUGCCACCCUAGGCAGUGAGAAUUACCUUGAGACUUUAUCUGUUCCAAGUGUAGACCCUGUUCCCAUUCCUAAGGGAGAUCAGUGUAUGUUAACUGCAUAUCCUGUGAUGCAGAAUUUGCCACAUAAUCAGAUGAAUGCUACUAAAUCAUGUGUUCUAGAUUGCGUGGAAGUUGAGUCACUAAAACAGCUUGCUGCCACGGUAGCAAACUUUAACACACAAACUUCAUGUCUUCCACAUUUGUGUGGUAGUUGCUGGAAAGAAAAAAGUGAGCAAGUGCCUGGCACGAGAGCAAUAGCUGAACUUGGAAGCACUUCAUUGGCAGAUGUUUUGAACCACAAAGCUGUUUUCAACAAAGCUUCUGAAGCCAGAGCAGGAGAAGGGAAAGUAAAGUCUUAUUUACGUGGCAAAGCCAAUCAAGGAAUAAACAUUUUUGCUGACUUUACUAAUGCAAAUCUUGGUAAUGCUGUACAAACUUGUAUCACAGACAAGGAAAAUGUAAUAAAAUCCAUUGCUGGCAGCAGUAAAGAUCUAAGAAAUAUGACCGCUUCCUUACAUGUGACUGAGUUUAUGAACAGUAGUCUGCCUCUUGUGACUACUUGUUGCAAUCUGGAUAUUUCUGGGUCUUCUGUUAAUUCCUCUGAUUCAGAUGAAGUUGACAUCCUUGGAGGCUGUGAAGCUGAGAUAGAGUACAUUCCUGUGUGGCCUGAUCCUUCUUCAGAGUCUGAAACAGAGUUUAUUGUAGUUGACUGAUAUAUAACAUGAAUUCAUGAAGGUAUAUUUGGAAAGAACAUUGAAAUGUCUACUAGCACUAACACCAUAUUGAAAAAAAUUUAAAUAUGUUUAUUGGCCAAUUAGAAAUACUGUAUUUUGAACAAUUAUUUACAUGUUAGUGUGUAUUUUUUUUCAUGUGAGUGGAAAAAAAAUAAAAAGUGCUGUUAAAAAAAA